AUGUCUACCGAGCACCAACUCCGUAUACACUUCUUCUCGAUUUUCUUCAUAGUUGCACUCAUUUACCAAGAAAUUGAAGGUAUGAACGACAGCAAAAUUGAUGUUUUGAUGUUAUUGAAGAACUGAUUCAUACAUACAUGCUCGUAAAAUGUUGAUUUAGUGAUGAACAAAGACGAAUCUUAUUUCACGAAGGAAGAAAUAUCGUUUACAAGAAGUUACUUUUUAAUUUAACACAGUAUCUUUAUGGGUAGAAAAUGUCCAAUAGUCGUACAGUAAUACUUAACAGGGCUGAAAGCGAAGCUCUCGAUAAUAUUUGUAGUUUGUUCAAACAAAAAUAAAAACGUGUAAUGCUAAGCGGCGAAGGCAACGCCGAAGAACGGUGAAAAAACAACAAUAGGUCUAAUUAGCAAAAAAGCAACUUUGCACGUGCAGCACACUUUGUUUGUACAUUUACACUUUGCCGUUGUUUUGCACGACUACAACGUGAAACUUCCAGAAAUUUUUUUUCACUGCCGCUCAUUCUCUCCUUGCAUUCGUGGCUGCUAGCAUUUCUCAUUUUUGUCACCGCCGCUACAAAAUUUUCAUUUGUUCUUCCAGCAAAAAAAUGUGUCCUUUGCUUUUUAUCUCACUUUAGAUCUUUGUCGCCCUUUUUCUCGUUGAGUUUCGCUGGUCUGCCGCCUACUUUCUCUUUUUUCUCUGUUUUUCUCUUGCUUUAUAUUCCAAAUUUGUGGACGUGACAAUUAAUCUAAGCUUAAUGCUUUAGAAAACACGGAUACAGAAACAAUUUCCGCUUUCCGGUUUCGUCUUUCAUCGACUCUUUAGCUGCCUCUGCUUUACAAGACGCGGGCGGCUAUGCGAUUUCCCGCCAAAAUAACCCCGAGUUGCAUUUGGAUUGCCAUACCUGUUGAUCGAGUUAUUUUACAUUGGUAUGCCAGUGGUGCGGACGGACGGUCGGGCGUACGGUCACGUGAUUACCAAAUUUUCUUGGAUGGGUAGAUUAGCACAUUUUCUUUCCCAUGGUGCUCCGCUGCGUGCGCUUCACGCGCGAGAGCUCCGCUAAUAUUUUGUUCUUGUUUGUACUACAGGACUCAGCUUCAAAGCAGGAAAAUUCCAUGUGACCACAACUUUGAGUCUGUUUGCCUGUAAGAAUGUUUCUUUUGAGGAGCCUUUUAACGGUGGACAAGAAAUCAAAAUCUUCAUUUCUAAAAGCCAUGCAACGAAAAGUUCUACUAGUGGAAAUGGCGCAGCAAUUUGGGUGGAAUCUGUGAAUAACAAGGCAUUUACUGUCUGUGUUUUGGAGUACGGAGAUGGCUCAAGUGGCAAUUCGCAAGUGAACUGGAUGGCGCUGCAAUCUGUACCUGCUGGCCCUCAACUAGGCACAGCUUCUUUAAACUCCUGGACUACGGGGACAAAGUGUGAAAGGAUCGCUUUUGAAAAGGUUUGAUUUGUUCAGUUCAUCAUUCUUUUAAUUUCAUUUCGUUUGCCUCCGAUGAAAAAAAAAUCUUUCUGCCUCUUCUGCUUUACACUCAUUAUUUCAUAUGUGCAUUUAUGAAAAGUGCUAGAGUCAUGAGUUUCACCAUUUUUGACAACGUUGUUGUGGUUGCUAUUGCAGCCCAGAUGGUGUUACAUGUUUUCUUAGUAUUACCCUGUUAUGUCAUCUUACAUUUUUCUGUGUUUGUCAUAUUUUUUGAAGAGAUGAAAAGUUUGAUUGAUUGACUGGGAUAAGCUCACAAAAUAAUGUUAAUAUUAUGGGGUAUGGCACCUCUGGGAAACCGUGACGUCAUGUUUUAUGAUGUGGCGGCCAUAUUGCUUGCCAUCUUGGGUUUUACUUAAAAUUCAUUUUUGCUAAAAUUUGUUUUCAUGGCAUAAAAAGUGAGAAUUAAGUUUGAAGUAUGCUAUAAUCUAAUAUGUUUAUAUCUGUAGUUUUUUUUACAAAGAAAGUAAGGCGCAUUUUUCUUAGAAGUCGCUUAGUCUUGUGCUAUUUAUGACGUCUUAUCUUGCUACCAUAGCAACCUUCCAUCACCAAAUUUUAGCGGAAUGUGGCUAAGGAAUAAAAUGAGCAGUUACCGGUAAAGAAAGUUUUAGGCUCAAAAUCCGUUUUUGAAAAUAUUGGCCAAAACCUGUCCGUCUCAACCACUUCAGUAGUUAAAUUUUAAGUUGUAAGUAUUCAAUCUCUUUCUUGUUCUUAAUUUGUUUUCACAAAAAAAAAACAAAUUAAGAACAAGAAGGAGAUAAGCAGGGGUUUCGUUUCAGGCUGGACGCCGGACGCAACGUCCAGUAGUUGACACACGAAAUAAUUAUUUUUUAAGCGUCGUUUUUUCCAUUUAUUAACCAAAGAAAGACUUGACCCUUAUUUUACUCACUUAGGUAUGUAAUGCAUACAAUCGAAAAAAAAAAACGGAGAGAUAAUUCCUGUCAUACACAUGUAUAAUAAAAUCAUUAUUCAUCAUUCCCCAUCCCUUCCCCCCUCCCCUGCCAGCUAUAAUAAUUGACCAGACAAGUUCGCCGACAACUGACCCUGAUCUUUGAUAAGAGAGCUAACAUUUGCAAACUGAUAAUUAUAAUUGCCAAAUCAGUCAAAUAUUUCUUUUUUUGUGAGCAUUUAUUAACGCCGUAAAAGACCUUCCCGGUUACCCAAUUCCGGUCCAGGGAACACAGGAAAUUGCAUUUUAGAGCGUCCAAUUUUUACAAAUUUCCCGGGGAGGCAUGCCCCCGGACCCCCUCUAGGAGUUCGCGUUCAACGUUGGCGCCAACGGUGUACGUCCAAAUGCUACCAAAAACCCUGGAUAAGAAUGAAGGAAAAGAAAUAGAGGAGCAAAGAUGGGGCUUUAAAGGACCCGAAAGAGUAAACUGAUUCAGCUAAAGAAGAAAACAGAUAAAAAUUUUGAUCCAGAAAAUUAAACAACUUUUGAGAAAUAAGUGGGUCAAGUAAAAUUAUAUAUUACCAACAUCGAAAUUCAUUGAUAAAGUAACAGGCUGAUUAAAAGAUGGCAAAUAAAUUUACGGUUGAAGAAACUGAAAAAAAAAAAGUAAACAGUAGUUUAUGUCAGGUAGAUUCAUUUAAUAUUUCUCAAUAAGGACGACUAAAUUUUACUUAGAAACACUUAGAAACUUUAAAAAUCAAGGAGAUGUCGAAAAGUCAAAAGAAGUAAAUACCAAAUAUUGUUUCAGAAGAAAUAUAGAGGAUUAUAUUGCUGAUAAAGGUAAAAAGUCUGGCGCAGACUACCUUGCUCAUUUUUGAUGGAAAACUUUUAAUUAUUCAUUCAAUAAGAUCUCACGUUUUGAUUUUCAUUUACAUUUCUUAUCGAUAUUAGAUAAAUGUGAUUUUAUAAAUUAGCACUCUGAUCAAAUCGUUCCUUUAUUUAUUUGUUUUUUCUUUUUUUCGUGUUUCUGUUUUUGACCCUUCCACUUUUACAAAGCAAGUAUAGUUACAAAAACAUUCAAAUUUCCGUAUGCAAAAUCCUAAUAAAUAAAUUGUACUUUUGCAAAGGUCGAAUGACAAAGAAGAUCCAUAUAUUUGAAUGGAAACACUAUGGGUCUUCGCUCACAGAUUAUGUUAGCGAAUAAAAUUAUCUCGCCGUAAUUUGGUCUACCAGUGAGGUUCAACCUCGUUCCUUGGACGAGAUUGAGUGAGGUGGUCACUGUUUUUCGUAAAUAGCUAUUUUAUUUAACGCGCCAAUGUAUCAUCCCUGGAUCAGCAACAGAGCUGCUUUAUAGGGCAGACAUAUUACCUUGAACACUCCCCUGCAUUAUCUUUGUUAGCUGAAAAUAUACAUAUUUUAUAAUUAUGGAUGAUAAUAUUUCUCUACUUUUUCUUCUUCUUUAGCUUUUCUUGGCUCUUCCAAAUAUCAUGGUUACAGCUCGUCACCAGGUUCUCAAAAGGCCUCAAGACGCUUUGGCCGAGUGGGCAGAAGACGUCCGCAAGGACAGCUUUAAACUUUGUGCCAGAGAAACUAAGAUUUUUGAUGGAAUUCAUAAAAACAUCAAAGUGGUGAGUAAUAUUCCAGUUACGUGAUUUCUUCAGCUAAGUCUUGUUCUGUUAUUAGUGGUGUCUUUAAACGUGACAGAACAAAUUUUAUCUACUGUAAAGCUGGCAAUUUCAUAAACAAGAUUCAGAUUGUUUUCUGUCUUUUUUUUUUUUUUACAUCUUAAAAAUGGUUGCAUCAGUUGCAUCUAAAUUGAUAUUUAACCAUAUUGAAUUUAGGGUUUUAUCUGAUUCCUUGCACUGCUUCUCUUUUUGUUAUGAAACCUAAUAUCUUAAUUUCUAACCGAGUACAAAGUUUAUUUUUAGUAUCAUUUAAGAGCACAUUUAACUUAAUUCAUAUUUGAUAUUUAAAACCUGUCUGAGCCUUAAAUUGUUAGUACAGUUUAUCAAUUAACUUUGAGAAUCUAUCACUUGUUUCCCUCCUGUUACGUUGCACAACCCAUACUUUGUGUACUCUACACGACUCUUCGAGAAGACCACAUCUUAAGGUGGCUCGACUGGAUUUUUUUGGGGGGAUACCUCCCAAGUUUGAGCAUUAACUACGUCGCCAUGAGUAAAGAUAUGGGAAAAAGAUUACCACAACUGUAUUAUAUAAAGAUGAAAAUUUCUCAUGAUCUGGGUUUUAUUGCAAUCGGAGUCACCAUGGCAACGUAACAACGUGAUUACAUUUUUUAUUUAUCUUUGUGUUUCUCUGUUUUUUUACCAAGGUUUUUUUUAAUUGCCUCAAUUAUGGCAAAGAAAAAUCGAGAGCUUUUUCGAGGGAAGUUUGUACCUGCCAUAAUUGCCUCCCAAUUGAUGGCAAAGUUAUCGAAAAAAGGUUACCACAAAUUCUAAAGAUGAAAAUUUCUUAAGAUCUGGGUUUUAUUUUCGAGAUAUUUUUUCAAACUGUAAGUUUUUGAAGCAUCAUAAAAACAGUUUGAAAUAUGCAUUUUCGAAAUAUUUCGUAAUAUCCACAUCAAAGCAAAAUAGCUAAAUUUUUAAUAAAUGAUAAUGAUAAGCUUUGGAAACGCGGCUUCAUCUCAUAGUGGUUUGAUUCCAUUAAAAACUGCGUACAAAAAAAGAUUGUUUUCAAGGGAACUCUCGAUUACUUUCCGAAGAAAUAUUGCUAUGGGCGAUCGCGAGUAAGAAGAAUUUUAUUAACUUUCAUCAGCUGCUUUUGUUAAAGUUUUUGCACGUAAUUUGGUCCAUGCCUACAAAUUUGGCAUUUUUCAAAAAACCGCUCGAUAAUUUUUUUUAUAAAUUUGACAAUCCCGAAAUCAAUUGCCAAUAAACAUACCCUGCAAGUUUCAAGACAUUGAAAACAGAGAAGGCUUUUAAAUAGGGACUCAAAUAUAACCAAUUUUCCCCCCCAGGUUUUGUGUUUACAAGUGAGCGUCCUCAUUAUUCACUGGCAUUGUUUCCAAGUUUCAUAUGCACGUGCACAUUUGGCAAAAAGAAAUAAAUUUGCAUCAAAAGGAACUCUCGAUUAAUUUCGGAAGAAAUAUCCGGAAUAUGCUAAUAAUUGGCUGGUGUCACAGAUAGCAGUGAGAGCCGAGACGGUGAACGUCACGGCUCAUCGUGUAAGAUGCAAUACUUAGUUAUCUUACUCGGGUUAUAAUUUCACAGAAACUCUUACAAAGAGUUGAUGUGAUGUUAUAAUAUAUCACUAAUUUCUUUACCCGGUUAUUAGCAUAUUCGGGAGAUUUAACCGAGGGUCCUUUUUGAUGCAAAUUCUAUCUCUUUUCUAAAUGUGUACGUGCAUAUGAAACUUGGAAACAAUGCCAGUGAAUAAUGAGGACGCUCACUUGUAAACACAAAAUCUGUUUUUAAUGUUCUUAAAAUUUGCAGGGUAUAUUUAUGGACGAUUGAUCUCGGGAUUGUCAAAUUUAUAUAAAAAUAAAUUUAUCCAGCGGUUUUUUGAAAAAUGCGAAAUUUGUAGGCAUGGACCAAAUUACGCGCAAAAGCUGUAACAAAAGCAGCUGAAUGCAAGUUACUUAAAUUCUUCUUACUCGCGAUCGCCCGGAGCAAUUCUCCUCUUUUUUCGUAAGCAGUUUUCAAUGGAAUCAAACCACUAUGAGAUGAAGCCGCGUUUCCAAGGCUUAUUAUUUUCUUAAAAAAUUAGCUAAUUUUGUGGAUAGCAUGCUAUUUCACUGUUUUUAUGAUGCUUAAAACUUCGUUUCAAAAUAUCUCGAAAACGUUCUCAUAGAAUUUGUUCAAACUUUGCCAUAAUUGAGGCAAUUAUGGUAAGUACAAAUUCCUUUAAGCGAUUUCUUAAAAAAAAAACUCUUGGUACAGAGAACACAAAGAUAAAUUAAAAAAGUAAUGGCGUCGUUACGUUGCCAUGGUGACUCCGAUUACAAUAAAACCCAGAUCAUAAGAAAUUUUCAUCUUUAUAUAAUACAGUUGUGGUAAUUUUUUUCCCAUAUCUUUACUCAUGGCGAUGUAGUUAAUGCUCAAACUUGGGAGGUAUCCCCCCCAAAAAAUCCAGUCGAGCCACCUUAAGAGUUUUUUUAAUGCUUUGGCACCAAACAGGUUAAAAAAAAACUUUACAUCAGUCUAUUUCAAAAUGGCUUGGCUUCAUGUCAUUUAUUACGUCAUACUUUGUACCAGUAGCAACCUUUUGCAACGAAAUAUUGCCAAAGUAUGUCAUAUUAAUAAAAAGUUAAUGCCAGAGAAGACGUUCUGGCUCAAAACAUUUUUCCAAUCCCAACUCCCCCUACUUCUACAUCUCAGAGUUAAAAUAAUAUUAAAUGAGUGGCAGUUGCUGGACACCCUUAAGUUACUUUCUUCUUGGUUUGAAAGCGUAACUUGAACGGUAAGUAAGAAAAAGUGCUAAAUUUAUAAGCGUCACAUUCUAAUUUCAUAUCUUUCCUUUUUUCCUGCAGGAUUGGAUGGCUUUUAUCAAAUUGUAG